GCUAGCUAGCUGUCCAGACAGUCUGAGACAAACCAAACCGACGAACUUGUGACAAUGACAGCGCUACUAUUGUGACCGAGCUGCCUGAAAAUGAGGAGCAUACUGUUCAUUGCCUUCCUGGCUCCUUGUUGGGUCAACGGUGGGAUUAAAUCAAGAGUUACUACGGAGGAAAAUCACGAAGAAAACCCGGAGUUUGAUGCUCUGAACUCCGUCCUGUCAGAUUUUGAGGUGCUGCCAGUGUCAGGCCUCCAGCUGCACUCAGUGAGGAAGAGGGAUGUCCACACCCAGUCCCACCUGGAGCGCCUGGUGAGCUUCAGAGCCCUGCAGAGAUAUUUCAAGCUUUAUUUGACCACCAAUACAAACCUUUUCACUGACAACUUUAAAGCAGUGUUUGUUGAUAAACAUGGGAGAGAGGAAAAUUAUGAUGUUCAUCUUCAGAACUAUUUUACCGGACAUGUUGUUGGAGAGGAGAAUUCACGUGUGCAGGCGCACAUCGAAGGCGACGAGUUCUCUGCUCACAUUUUAACAGAUGAAGCAGAGUACAACGUCGAGCCCCUGUGGCGGUUUACAGAUUCCCCAGCUGAUGGCAGGCUGCUGGUUUAUCGCUCCGAAGACAUCAGGAAUCUGAGCCGCAUCGCCUCUUCAAAAGUGUGUGGCUACAUCCACGCAGAGGCUAAUGACCUACUGCCACAGACUGCCGGGAGGGAUUGGGACGAGCAGCAGAAGGAGGAGGAGGACGAGGAGAAAGGUUACCACCACAGAGAGAAGAGACAGGCUCACGAUCCUAAGAAGAACACCUGCCCCCUGUUGCUGGUCGCAGAUUACCGCUUCUUUGAACACAUGGGCCGCGGACAAGAGAGUGUCACGCUCAACUACCUGAUUGAGCUGAUCGAUCGAGUUGAUGAUAUUUACAGGAACACAACCUGGAAUGACGACUUCAAAGGCUAUGGGGUCCAGAUCCAUCAGAUCAUCAUCAACAAGGAGCCCACAAAGCCUCCUCCUGGUGCUGACAAAGGCUGGGUCCAUUAUAACAUGAAGGACAGCCCUGUGAAAGACAAGGAGGUCUGGGAUGUAAAGAAACUUCUGGAGCAAUUCAGCUCAGACAUCGCUGACAACGCCUCCGCUGUGUGUCUGGCCCACCUGUUCACCUACCAGGAUUUCAAUGAGGGCACACUGGGGCUGGCCUACGUGGCCCCCUCCAAACCUCAGGCCCUUGGCGGCCUCUGCCCAAAAGUGUACUACCCAUCUGCCGCUGCGAAGAAGCCCAGUUACCUCAACACAGGGCUGACCAGCACACAGAACUAUGGCAAAACCAUCCUGACAAAGGAAGCAGAUUUGGUGACGACUCACGAGCUGGGCCAUAACUUUGGAGCAGAGCACGAUCCUGACAACAUCCCUUACUGCGCUCCCAGUGACGACCAGGGCGGGAAGUUUGUCAUGUACCCGAUUGCUGUGAGCGGAGACCACGUCAACAACAAGCGUUUCUCCAACUGCAGCAAGAUCUCCGUGGGGAAGACGUUAAGUUUCAAGGCUCCCAUUUGCUUUAAGGAGAGGAACAGUAGGGUAUGUGGGAACUCCAGAGUGGAGGAAGGAGAGGAGUGCGACCCUGGGCUCCUCCACCUCAAUGACGACCCCUGCUGCUCAGCCAACUGCAAAUUCAAACCUGGUGCACAGUGCAGUGACAGGAACAGCCCUUGCUGUAGGAACUGCAAGUUUGAGCUUGCAAAAACAACAUGCCAGGAACCCAUUAAUGCAACCUGCAAAGGCAUAUCCUCCUGCACAGGCUACAGCAGUCAAUGUCCACCUCCUGUAAAUGCUGACGACAACACCACGUGUGUUGACAACGGCCAGUGUCGCAAUGGAGAGUGUCACCCUUUCUGUGAGGCCAUGCAAAACCUUCAGUCCUGUGCCUGCAAUGAGACGGAGGACUCCUGUAAAGUGUGCUGCAGGGGAAAAGAUGGCACCUGCUCUCCCUUUAUCCAGGCCAAUGGCAGUUUCCUCUUUCUCCGCAAAGGAAAACCCUGCACCGUGGGCUUCUGUGACGAGGGCGGAAAAUGCAUGAAGCAGGUGCAGGAUGUGAUCGAGAGGUUGUGGGAUUUUAUCGACAAGCUGGAUAUUAACACAUUUGGAAAGUUCCUGGCUGAUAACAUCGUGGGCUCUGUCGUGGUGUUUUCGCUCAUCUUCUGGAUUCCUCUCAGUAUCCUGGUUCACUGUGUGGACAAACGACUAGACCAGCAGUAUGAGGAGAACACAAAGUCCUUCUACUUUCCUCCAAGUAGUCAAGAAAUGCUGAGCAACCUCGAGUCAGCAUCCGUGCGCAUCGUCAAGCCUCCUCCGCCUCGCUCCUCCUCCGGCGGCCGGACCGCGCCCUCCUCCCUGCCCCCGCAGCCUCAGCAGCAGAACCAGGUCGCGGCCUCUCCCGCGGCCAGCACCAGUACCCAGGCCCCCGGCCCGAACUACGUCCCCACCCCGGACAGCGCAGGGGGGCCACGGAUGGCCACCAUCCAGGAGGACACCAGCAGCGACUCUCACCUGGGAGAGGAGGGCCUGUCGGACGAUUUCACAACCGCAGGAGCCUCCUCGUUGGCUACGAAAUCCUCCUACGAGGAUCUGACAGAGCAGAACCCGUCAGCCAGGGACCGGCGGCGCCUCAAGAGGCAGGAAUGCAUUGACACAAAAGAGACUGAGUGCUGAGGGUAAAUCACCAGUAUGUUUUGAUUAAAAACACCAAUACGUACAUGCGACAUGAUUUUAGGGAACAACUUGCAGCAUCAUGUGCAUUUUCAUAGCAACUGUUGAAAGAUAAUGGCAUAUAUUUUUGGCAGGUCAGAUUUGGUGUUAAACGGAGCAAUGGACAACAUUUCAGGCACCACUAGAUGUAGAUAUUAAUCAGUCAGCUUCAGCUCAGUUUGAACCACUGCACCGAGUAAUCACAAACCUCUGUGACAGUUAAAAAGUUGCUGAGUGAAUCUGUUUGUGUGACUGUGGUGAAAUAAUGCAGUGCUUUUUCUCAGUUAGGUCGGGGAGCCUUGGCCAGAUGAAGCCGGGGAGAUCGGAGUAGGUUUGUGGAAAUACGUCCUCCAGACCCUUCAGGAUGAUGCAAUGUUGCAAUUGCAACAGUUCACACAAACUGUCAACCUCUCUGUAACCAUAACAAAACGUAGUUUCUCGUAAAUUUUAACAAUCACAGCAGUCCCCCAUCUAACGUCACCAAACUCGUGUUUCUGUUGCUGGUUGUGAAGACGCAGACAUGCGGCACAAACAAAAAUUACUGCUGAAGACUGUGCAACUCCCUGAUUACACAUCAUAGAGUUGUUUUUGUAAAAAAAAAAAAAAAAACACCCCCAGUGGCUAAAUGCUUUCUGAAUAUUUUAUUUUUUUCAGGAACAAAUAAAGUUAACCAAUGACAGAUCCCAAGGCUUCAUCCAAUUUUGCUAGUGUGUGCUUGAAAAAACCACAAACAAAACUCGAGCUAUCAUCGUGGAUCAGAACUUUAAACUUUUAAAAACAGAAUUAUCAUGGUAACAUCCUGGCCUUUCUCCCCCUCAACUCCUGUGCACAAAGUCCUGUCUCCAAUAUAACCUCACUGGUUUGUUCCUUUAACAGUUUAACAGUCAAUAGUGUAACAUAAUAUUGAUGAUGUAGCGGUGGUCAUUUUUUCAGUAUAAUGUUAUUCAGAUGCAAACUUUGACCUUAAAAUGUUUUAUUCCUGAAUCUUUGUGUCAUAACUGCACUUGAAGUAUUUUUCACAUCACUGGAGGAUAUAAAUAAGUUUUCUGUGUUCUUACUGUGCUGUGUGUCCUGAAAGAUUUCCUUUAAAAAAAAACCAAAGCUGGCUUCUGUUAUAUUUGGCCCCUUUAUACUUAAGGAUGCGAUGUUUUAACACUGUGGAGGCGAGUGAUAGUUUCUUAAGUAUUUCACUUAUUUGUCCAGCUUGUUGAAGCUUUAAGAGAAGGUUGUAUCAUCUGUGUGAAACAUGGUGCCUUUUUCAAUUUUGUGCCUAAACAUUUAACUUAUCUCUGUGCAAAACUUGAAAAAAAUGAAAAGUGAAUCUGGACAAUCCUGAAUUUUAUUUUAAAAGAAAAUUCCUGAGGUGAUCAAAUGUUAUUUUUUUUCUGCUUGGUUUCCUGUCCUUGUGCCAAUGUGAGUUACGCACUUCUCUGUUAGUUAAUGCUGUCUCACCACUGUUGCCUGCUGUGUCACAUCUUUGUAUUUAUCUGUAGGUCAAGGAAAAAAAAUACACUGUGUAGAUAACAGUGGCUCUAAUGGCUUGAUGUUACACAACAAGCAGGUGUCCUGUGUCAUAUAUAUUCUGAUGAUGUGUAUAUCUAAUGUUUCUAUGUUUAUAAAAGUCUGCCCUGAGUUUUUAAAGUUUCUUGCUUGCAUUACAAUAGCACACAUCUCAAAAUAAAAAUCUUUAUUGUGCAUUUUAGACAUUAA